GCGCCCCGCUUCACUCACAGUCGCGAGCGCGCCGACAAUUCAACACUACGUGUCGUUGCCCUUAAAAAAAACAAAAGUGACAUCGGGAACCGGUUCGUUCCGGGAAAACUUUUUUAAAUUAAUACACACUAAACUCCAUAGAAGUAAUCUGUGAACUGUGUUAUUUUUUUUUCAUAGAACGAAAGUAGAAAUUGAAAUACCUAAUAUACGGGAAGUGUGAUAGUGAAAAUGAAUAUUUUAUGGUGCUGGCUGGCGGUAAUAGCAUUGUCAUGGGGAAGAGCUAGUGGUCACGGCCGCCUCAUAGAACCUCCCUCCCGAGCGUCGGCAUGGAGGUUCGGAUUUGACACGCCACAUAAUUACAACGAUCACGAACUCUUCUGCGGUGGAUUCUCAAGACAAUGGAAUAAAAACGACGGGAAAUGCGGCGUUUGCGGAGACCCAUGGGAUGCUAGUACACCUCGAGCUCACGAGCUGGGAGGGAGAUUCGGAAAAGGUAUAAUCGUACGUAAAUAUGCACCCAAAACAACAAUAACGAUAAAAGUAGAAUUAACGGCCAGCCACAAUGGAUUCUUUGAGUUCAGAGUUUGCGAAGAACCAAAAUCUACAACGCAAGAAUGCUUAGACAAAUAUGUUCUCAAAAUGGACGGAAAAGACAGCACUAAAUUCUAUCCGAGAGACGGAAAUAAAGUUUACGAAAUGAAGUAUCAGCUGCCUGAAGGACUGGAAUGCUCUCAUUGCGUAAUGCAAUGGAGGUACAUUGCCGGAAAUAACUGGGGUAAGUGCGAAAACGGAACAGAAUCGGUCGGGUGUGGACCACAAGAGGAGUUCAGGGCUUGUGCGGACAUAGCGAUCGGCGAGCGCUUUAGUACAACCACCAGGAAGCCCAGACCGACCUACGUGCCUCCUGGAAGACGGCCGACAGUGCCGACGCCGGAGGAGUCCAGCGGAACCGCCUGGUACGGUGCUGUCAUCGCGAUCACGACACUGCUCAUUUCGAUUGCAGUGCUCGCGGCUAUUUACCUGUAUUACUACAGAGGCGGAAUGAGAAUCAAGAAUCUUUUGAAGUCAAAGUCGCUUCCACCUGCACCCCUGCCUCCUCCGAGACACAAACGCGCCUCGUUGUCUAGAGAAACGCCUCCGGAUCUAGUGCCGGCUAAAAUAUCGACCGUGGAAUCUGGUUUCGAAACAGUAGACCUAAGAGCUAAAUAAUUGAGAUUUUUUAUUCUAUUGCUGUUAAUUUGUAUAUCUGUGUAUGUGUUCGAAAUAGGUCGGAUUCGUCGGUCAGACGCAUUCGUCCAGAGUGAUUUUAUAGAAUAAAAUUAAGUUUAAGUUCGACGAUGUUCGUGAAAGAUAUUUAUUACGGAUUAAAUGUUACGAAAUUUUUUAAAUACAUAGUUUUUUUUCCUGUUUUAUGUUGCCAGCUACAUGCAUAGAUAUUAGUGUUUAUAUGUAGUUGUCUCGCUGCGAUCACACCAUCACGAGUAUAGAAACAAGUUCACGACCUUUUGUUACUA